CAAGACAUCGUCGAGACCAUCUGGCAAAACUACGUCGACAAGACGCCGCAGCGAGUGAAGCUGCUCGAUACAUUCAUGGCCUUUUUGAUAGUGGUGGGCGUACUGCAGUUUGUGUACUGCGUUAUUGGCGGCAACUUUCCUUUCAAUGCCUUCUUGUCGGGCUUCUCCGCUACAGUGGGCCAAUUUGUGCUCACGGCCAGCCUGCGCAUGCAAACGAAUCCCGAGAACAAGGCCGACUUCCGGAGCAUAUCACAUGAGAGAGCCUUUGCGGACUUUGUCUUUGGGAGUUUGAUCUUGCAUUUCUUUUGCGUGAACUUCAUU